GGAAAUUGAAACAAAAAUGUAAAAAUUUGACAAAGAAAACAUGUUUGCCUAUUGCCCAGUUUAUGAAUCCUCAAUUUGGUUUGCGGCAUCUUCUUCUCUCUUGUGCAGCAGAUAUAGUAGCAGUCCAACUUCAUAAUUUCAACCUUUUCCCAUUUGUUUCAUAACACACCCAAAAUGUUCUCCAACAUCAAAUCCAGACAACAACAACAGCAACAACAGAAGCAGAAGGGAGAAGGGUUAUCAGGAAGUUUCAAGCCAGAGAAUUUCAUUCCAGGUCUUGUUAUAGGUUUCAUUUGUGGCUUUUUGAUUGAUUUAUCAAAGCCAACUACAAAUCAAUUAUCCAAGAAAAUUUUCUCAUCUUCCAAGCUUCAAGACCAACAAAACUCAGUCUCAAGUAAUGGUGAUCAAGACCUUAAAAUGGUUCUGGUUGUUAGGCAAGACCUAAAGAUGAGAACCGGAAAGAUUGCAUCUCAAUGUGCUCAUGCUGCCACUGGCAUGUAUGCUGAAUUAACGCAGAGUGACCGGUCUCUUUUAAGACGAUGGGAGCAGUGCGGCCAGCCCAAAAUUGUUGUGAGUUGCAAGAACCAACAAGAAAUGAAUAAGCUUAAGGAAUCAGCUGAGAGUAUUGGUCUCCCUACUUUUGUUGUUGCCGAUGCUGGACGAACACAGGUUUCUGCAGGAUCAAAGACUGUUCUUGCUGUUGGACCUGGGCCAAAAGCAAUUCUGGAUUCGGUGACAGGAAGGUUGGCUCUGCUAUGACAGCAUUCAAGAAACAAGCCAUAAUAUGAUAAAUUGGCUAGGCUUUGUUACCUUAUGGUCUGUGUUCUGACACGCCAUUCAGAUUGUAUUAAUUUUAAUAUCUGCUUAGUAGGGAUGAAUAUAGCACUCUAUUUUUGGAUAUGUUGUACGAAACAUAUCGUUCCUUAUACUAGGCAUAGGCAGCGAUUAGUUAAUAUAAGUAACGGUAAGCUCUUUGGAAUUUUUUUGAGAAUUGAUAUGAAGAUGAGACAAUUUUACAUAAUUAAGAAGUGUGAAAAUCCUCUUGUA